UAAUUAUCUCUGUUUGUUUGAUUGAUGAGUUAUGCUGUGAUUUUGGUACAUGAUUAAUCUGCAGAAAUACUCGUAUGAAUUCAUAUUUUCAUUAAGUGCUAAAGUUAAUUGAAUGUUUUGUUAAAUAUUAUUAAUUUCAUUAUUAGUUAAAUUUGAUUAUUUCACCAUUCUUUUUUAUAACCUAGUAUUUUAGUUUGAGUCUGAUAGUAGCCAUAUAAGUAUUUAAGCUAUACUUCUAAGGAAACGAAAAGGAGAAUUCCUUUAAUGAAGCUAGAAUUGCUGUUUUGUUUUCUGCUUUAACAGAUCCUUUACCUUUUAACUUAAUAUAAGCCAGUAUUUUGAUUUGUGUUAUUUUAUUUGUAUACCAUUCAUUUUUAUGCAGAAUUCUUUAUUUUGUUGAAUUGGAAUAAUGGCAUUCAUAGCUAAAGCUAGGAAGUGUGAUCUUCAGGAAUUAGCUAGUGAGUUAGGUGAAGAGAUUGAUGGGAAUCUCACGAUUGCUAAUCUUAGAAAAUUGAUUUUAAAUUCUAACGAAUACGAGGAAGAGUUUGUAAAGGGUGUUUUAGAGGGUAUUGUGGAGAGGAGACAAGAAAAAGAAAAUUUGGAAAGACGGGAAAAAGAGAGGCAAUUUGAGUUAGAGAAAAUUAAGUUGCAAACUUCGAUUGAAACUCAAUCCCUAAUGUCAGAGAAUAAUGAAAUGAACACCAAACAUAAUUCUUCAGAGUUACAAAAGAUACUUCAGAAAUUUGAUUCCAAAAAUGAUGAUAUAAGUCUUUACUUAGUCAUAUUUGAGCGCCAAGCUAAACGAUUAAGGAUUGAUAAAACAGAUUGGGUCACCCAAUUAAUGCCACUUCUUCCAUCAGAGGUUGUUCAAAUAAUAGCAAGGGAACCUGAAGAGGAAUCUAACGUUUACGAGUACGUAAAGGAAUUACUCUUACGACGAUUUAAAUUGAGUGCAGAAACCUUUCGAUUGCGGUUUGUGCAACAUCAAAAGAGAAUGGAAAGUUCAUGGAGGGAUCUGGCCUUUGAGUUGAGAAGCUUCUUGGAGGAGUGGUUGGAUGGUGUUAACGUAAAGGAUUUCGAAUCAUUGAAGGAUCUUAUGGUUGUAGAUCAAAUUAAAAGAAGAGUUGGAAAUGAAGUUCGGGAACAUUUUGUCGACACAUGGACAAAAAUCUCGUCUUCAUCUAAGCUAGCCGAUCUCCUUGAUGAUUACGACGGAGUAAGGAGAAGCUCAAAAACUGGAUAUAUUCUUAGUUAUGGUAGGAAACGAACAAAUGGAAACUUUGAAAAGAAAAAUCCUGUUGUCCAUGACAAAAAUGCAAUGAACACUGAUUAUAAGAGACCGAAUAGUCCUCGGAAUUGGAAGCAAGAACGUUCCGAUCGGCGUCAAUGUUUUGAGUGCGGAUCAUCGCAGCAUUUACGAGCCCAAUGCCCAAAGCUAGCUGAGAAAAAGAAUUUCUCAAGGAUUAACCACGUGACAAAACGUUUGGUAGAAACGACAAGCGAGAAAAGUGGAUCGCAGAGAUUUCCAGAGAAUGUUACUGAAAAUCAGACUGAUGAAGGUAAGAUUCUCACAACACAGUUAAAGGCACCAGAAAAAGAUAUAACGCGAAUCAGCCCUCUACAGAAAAUACCGGUGAAAAUUGAAGACAAUGCAUUUGAAGGUAUCGUGGAUACAGGUGCUGAAAUCACCGUCAUCAGACAGGAUAUAAUUGAUUCUUGCUCUAAACAAGAGAAGGGCAGCAUAAAAAUUAUAUCAGCCUUUGGGGAAGAAGAGCUUGCCCCACUAGUUACUAUCAAUGUAAAAAUUAAUGAUGGGAAGCAUGGUAAUGUUCCUGUUACUUGUGUAGCAUCGAGGAAACUAGUAAGCGAUAUGCUGAUCUCCUCGACUGUAUACGAAGCAUUAUGUAAGAAAAUAGAGGUACAUACCUUACCCGUGAUAAAUAAUGACGAUUCGGAGCAACCUGUUCAUGAAGAACCAAAUCAAGAAGAAGAAAGUCCAUUGCAGGAGAAAAAAUGUUUCUUAAAAUUACAAAAAGGAGAUGGCUCUCUGAAGAUGGAAGAUGGUACGAAUAAAGAGAUCCAUGUAAACAAUAAAAUUCGACCAUACAUAGCACGACUUGAGCAAGUCGGAGUGAUAUAUGACCAAGACAAUGAAUUUAGAGAAAUAUUUCCUGCCCCAACCAAUUGCAAUCAGAAAAGCCAAAUCAAUCGUGAUAUAAGAACUCAAAUUUAUAAUCAAAAAGAGGAGUUAUCAUUACAACAAAAAGCUGAGCUGAUCCAUAUCUUAUCUAAGUACUCAGACAGUUUCAGUAAGUUUCCAGGGGAAGCUAAGGUGCCAGGACAUAACAUUAAGGUAACCGAUGACUGUGUCCCCAAGCGAUUAGCUCCAUAUCGUGUCCCAAUUGUUUUGCAAGGGGAAGUCGAACGCCAAGUUCAAGAACUUUUAGAAGCAGGACUCAUUGAACAUAGCGAGAGUGACUGGGCACAUCCCGUAGUGUGCGUUGCAAAGAAAAACGGUAGUAUCAGACUGUGCGUAGACUACUGUCAGCUGAAUAAAUAUACGAUUGCAGACGCCUAUCCAAUGAAACUGGUUACUGAAUUAUUGUAUGAAAUUGGAAAAGCUAAUUUUAUAUCCAUAUUAGAUCUCACCAAAGGAUAUUGGCAAAUUCCCAUGAAGCCGGAAGCGAAGCAUUAUACCGCUUUUAUCACUCAUUCUGGGUUGUACCAAUGGAAUGUGAUGCCCUUUGGUAUGAAAAAUGCAGGAAGCACAUUCCAAAGAAGCAUGGAUAAGAUCCUCUCAAAGCAUCGAGAGUAUUGUCGUGCAUAUAUUGAUGAUGUCGCCAUUUUCUCCAAAAGCUGGGAAGAACAUAAAAAGCAUAUUAUGGAAGUAUUUUGUACGCUUCAAGAGUCCAACCUUACCAUAAAUCUAGAGAAGUGUGAGUUUGGCAAAAAGGAAGUGAAGUUUCUUGGCCAUAUCGUCGGAUCAGGAAGGCACUCCCCAGAUCCCGAGAAAAUUGAAGCCAUAAAGAAGUUAUUGAGACCUACAAAUAAGAAAGAAGUACGUAGUUUGCUAGGACUUGCAAAUUAUUACAGGGACUAUAUCCCAAACUUUUCUUCAUUAGUAUUACCACUAACAAAUCUCACCAAGAAAAAUGUACCCAACAAAAUUCCAUGGGCCAAAGAACAAGAGCAAGCAUUCCAAAUCUUAAAAGAAGAAUUAGUCAAGAUGCCUUCAUUAUACACCCCACAACUGGAUAAACCAUUCCAGUUAUACACGGAUGCCUCAGCAACAGCCGUUGGAGCCUGUUUAGCUCAGAUAGGUGAUGAUGGGAAGGAAAAACCCAUUGCAUUUUUCAGCAAGAAAUUGACUGCAACUCAAACACGGUGGGCUACUAUCGAGAGAGAAGCCUACGCCGUACUAGAGGCCUUGAAGAAAUACGACACAUGGAUAUUUGGUGCUCGUGUUCAAGUUAUCUCUGACCACAACCCUUUGACGUAUCUCACUCAACAAACGCCUCACAGCGCAAAACUUACACGAUGGUCGUUAGCCUUACAGAGAUACGAUGUGACAAUAUCAUAUCGAAAGGGGAGUAAACAUUGCAAUGCAGACUCUCUAUCUAGGUUGCCAUUGCAGCAGUAAGAAAGAAAGGCUUUCCAGAAAUGUACAAAAACAUUUGUGCAUCUGCUUUGUUACCUUUAUCACCAAUUUUGUGCAUAUUUGAUUUUUUUAUAUAUAUAUUUGUUUGUCUUUACGUUUUGAAUUUGUGUAUGUGUUAUUUCUUUUCUUUGGGAAUUGCAUAUCAGUUGCUCUCCCACCUCUUUCCUGCUCCUUUCCUAGUUGUAGCGACAAAUACUGCUUGGAACUAUGUUUCAUUUCAGGAUCAGCCUUUUACCGUGAGAGAUGAUCAGUGAUAAGCAACCCGUCCAGUUCUCAAGACGCAGCAUUGUCUCUAAGGUGACAAUGUGCUUCUCCAAGGGGGGGCGUGUAAGACCCGCUCCUCCGCUCCCAACGACGAAGCUUGCAAGACCAGUCAGGAGGGGAAAGGUCACAUGGUAUCCGAGGGGGUGAAAACCAGGAGAGACGAACAGGAAGUGGACUAGACAGAUAAGGACGAGGAGCGAAGGUGGCAUGGUUCGCCAUGAACGAGAUGCUUGAUUCACUUUUAUGUUUUAUAUUUUAAACCGUUACUGUAAAUAUGUAAAUAAUAUAAUAAUCUAGAA